AGGUAAUGUGUACCUAAGGUGUGUUAGAGUGGGAGAGAGAAAAAGAAAAGAAGGGGAGAAAAUCAAUCCCAGCCAGCGUCUGUCAUCCGGCCCACGCUCCAUCCCCCUGCUCGCACAACCAACCAGCCAGCCCAAGCUCGGCCCUAUAGGCGUGAGGCAUGGAGGUUAAGUCUGGGUUUUAUGUCGCAAGUUACUGCCGGAAUUAAUUUCCUGAAGACCCAACGCCCAGCACGAAACUCGGCAGCCCACCGCGUGGUCGUGUCUUCUUUCCUUUCUCUCUUCUCUCUUCUUGCUCUUCUCUUCCCUCUCGCCCAUCUCCACCCUUCCCCCAUCAAUCAUCAGACUCUUCCUGCCAACUGGACAACUCGCCCCCCUCCGUCCUAACCCUCCACAGACGGGGCUUGCACUUAUAAAUUAUGCUCACCCACCCACUGUCCCAACUCGACCGGCCGGUUUCGAUUUGAGAACCCUCUUGCGCUCGGUUGCUGACUUUUCCAACCACCAACAUUGUCGCUUUUCGUGCGCUCGCCGCAAUUGUAAUUUGCUCUGCGCCCCCCUUCUCUAUCUCCUGAACGAACCGCCUUUGCCACCUUUUGUUGCCAGAACCAGCAAAAGCCUCCUGGCCGCAGUCAAUUGCCAGAUUGCAUCUUAUAAACGCGACAAGCACUCCGUUUCCCCUUUUGCGCAUCUGCCAUAUUUUAUCACUGUCGGCAGGAGAAUUUGCGCACGCGGGCCGCGACAAGGGAAGAAAAAAGGAAGCUCCAAGGUCGGCCAGCAACAACAAACCAGAAACAGGCAGGCAGCCCAGGGGGGAGACAGAAAAAAAAAGAGGAAGAAAAAGCUGGUUAUCGCGCCACGCCUCCUAUCUCGCAUCACACAACACACACACACAACCCAUCAAACCUCGCCUAAAAUGUCUGCUGAUCCGGAACAUGCACCACAGGCUGUCUCAGUCGCCUCGGCCCCCUCGACUGCAGUCUUUGUGCCCAUGGAUGAGGACCUGCCUCCCAAAGAGUCUGUCGAAGAUAUGAGCCCAACUUCGGCGCCACCGAGCGUCGAGCCAGUCGCCGACAAGGACGACGACUCCAGCCACGAGGACAACGACGACCUUGACAACCUGACGCCGCCGCCUGACUCCCCUAGCCCUGUGCCUACCAUCCCGACUGCUAGCAACAACCUGCAGGACGAGAUCGUGGUAGGUACCAAGGCCAACGGCGCCAAGGCAUCGCCAGUACCCAUUGCCUCUGACCCAGAGGACGCCGAGAUGGAGGAUGUUGAGGAACAACAGCCCUUGUCCUCGCACUAUCCCAAGCGCAAGCGGAACUCGUUGUACAGCUCUCUGAACGAAGACUCCAAAGACCUAGACAUGUCGCCCACCGUCGUGUCCGAGGAUCCUAUAAUGCAUGCCAGCAAACGCACCCAUGGCACUAACCAAGUUAGAGGUGUGACUCUUGGCUACUGGCGCGAGUCUCAGGUCCCGGACAAGGCCGACAAGCAUGCCGUUAUCGGAUUUAUCGAUGUUCGCGACCGCCUCCGCACGCGCGUCCAGCAAGUCUCGCGCACCGGUAAACUUGUCAUCGAUCGCUACCCGCUCCCCCCCGGGCCGGGCGGUAGCUGGGUGACGUUUGAGCGCAUCGUGUUUGAGGAGCACCUCGUUUAUCUCGACCACGACCAGGUCAAGGAGUACGUCAAGGUCCGCGUCGAGACGUUUGGCACCGAGAAGACAGAGGAAGAGGCGCAGAAGAACAAUGCGGAUGCCGUCAAGGAAGCCAUGGCUCGCGUGUCGGCAAAGCCUGCUCCCGAGACCGGGCUCGCGCCCGCCAUCGCUUACGGCGAGUCCAUCCCGGAGCAGGUCAAGCAAAAUAGCCUCCACGAGAAGAAGAAGCGCCGGCUCAAUGCCAGCUUUGCCGGCGCCGCGCAGUCUCCUCCGACCAUCGUUCCCGGCCCGCUCGAGGGACAGGAUGGUGCGGUGCCUGGACCUCGCAUCGUAAGCCGUGCGCCUCGGGCAUCCAUCGUCGACGACCUCCCCGGCACGAGACCCACUAGGAUUCUGGUCGGAUACUGGAGCAACUCCAGCGCUGAGGACGCGCUCGAUAAGCACGCAGUUAUCGGUGUACUUGGAACCAAUGAUAUGUUCAGGGUCAAGUUGACCAGGCAGACACGUGACGGCCGCGCCGUCUUUGGCAACUUCCCCCAGGGCCCCGGAGCGCUCUGGAUCUCUUACGAGGAUGUGGUCUUUGAGCCGCACCUACGCGAUCUCUCCCGCUCCGAGGUCAAGGAGUACUGUCGUGUCCGCCAGCACCAGCUGGACAGGUUGGGCGGCAAGGAUGAGGCCCCGGAAGAGCGCAUCGCAAACGAGACCAAGGCUGUCUACGACGCCCAGCUCCGCGUCGCCGCAGGUCCCAACCCACAGUCGGGCUCGGGCAGCAUGGCGGCCGUAACCGAGGCCGUGGUCAUGGCGCACCGAGAGAAGCUGCGCACCGAAGAGGCGGAUCAUGAGCGCCGGGCUGAGCAGCAGCGGAUUGAGGCGCAGGAGCGCGCCGCGCGCGAGGUGGUCAGCGACGACAACUAUGACGAUGACGGCGGCCCGAACUUCAGCCCCGAGACCUCCUUCAACGGCCACGACCUCAGGCAGGCGCGACGUGGUGCCGCGGCCCUUAAGGAGGCGACGCGGCCGGCGCGGCACUCGCUGCCCAACUCGUCGGAUCUGCGUGCAGCCCACCGACCCAGCAACAGCGGCCCGGGAGACAGCAGCGACCGUCUGGAGCGUGUCGACUCGAUUGCGCGGCAGAGCAUUGCACGCGCCGAGGCGCACCAGUCACGCAUCGACCAGCGCAACAACCGCGCCGGCUCCCUCUCGCGCGAGGGCAAGGCUGCCGCCUUCAGCGACAACAUGAAGACACUUAAUAGGGUCUGGCAGUCGCAGGAGUCUCACCGCAUGAGGUCGGGCUCCUCUAGCGCGGCCGGCGGUGCCGCCGACGAUGCAAAGACGUACGGCGGCGUCAAGUACGAACGCAAGCAGAACGGGCCCUUUGCUGGCAAGCUUGUCAGCCAGGGCACCAUAAUAUCCAUUGAUGGCGAGGACUAUGUCGAGUACCGCGUCCUGACCAAGCCCUCUUUCUUCUAACCGGCUUGUCUGGCCAUUCGUCGAGGGGAUUCAUUCCCUGUCGAUGUGCGAUCAAGUUACCCAAGGCAUGGGUGCGGCGGGGUUUCAUGUGUUCCAACCACGCCGAGAACGACACAACUGCCUCGCGAGACAAGCAAAGCUGUACGAGUAUUCGCGGCCCGAUCAGCGCCUUCCAUCGGGAUCUACCUCUCCUUGUGCGCUGUUCUACUUUCUUGUCCAUGUUUUUUUUAAUGCGUUGGCGCUUCCUUGUCGAUGAUGAUAUCCUGUCAGGUUUUUGCUGUCCAUUUUCUGCGCUCGCUUAUAGCAUUGGCUUAUCUUGGGGGCGUCUUCCCACUCAAUUCACCCGGGUCUCAUGGGCUCGCAUCCCUCCCGUCUUCUUGUCUGGGUCUUUGGCAUGGUAUUUAAUCAAGGGGGCUGCAAAGCGAGCGCAAAGCUGGCAACGAUAAUGAUUGAUUAAAUAUUUGCGCGCGCGCGGGUAAUCCCCAAGACGCAUAUGGGUACGGUAACUGUACUAUAUGGGCCCUAUAUUGGCACAGGAGAGCUGCGGCUGGGGGGCGAUCCGAAAUGCGACGGCAAUGGGGUUGGGUUGGCCGAGAGAGAGAGGGAGGGGGGGGGGGACAAGAAGGAGAGAGAUGGGUGCCUGUUGUUUGGCCAAUGGAGAACCACAAGAGCUACGUCUCUCGAUUUGCUUUUUUUCGACUGGGACCUACCGUUGGUCACCUCGAUAGUUAGCGGUAGUAGAUGCAUAUCAUGAUGGCAAAGUCUUUGGUAUCGCUCCGCAUGGCCCCUGUUUUCAUGGCAUCCGUGUCUUGUUUAUAUACCUAGAUAGGUACCUACCUAGCCACGCCCACCACAAAAAAGACGGCACCGACACAAAUAAUAAAAUGCUGCUAGUACAAGUUACGGGGAUUAGAAUUGAUAAUGCGGUGGAUAGUUGCGUUUAGGAAUGGGAAUAGAAAUGAUAAAAAGAAAGAAAAAGAAAGCUCAUAGGAAAUCUCAC